GAUAUUUUGGAAAUAUAGCUUUAGGUAUAGAAAGGCGAACAAGCCGAAAAACCCGUGCACAUGGAACAAUAAAGCAAGCUAUUCUUAUAUUGCCAACCUUCGGCUGGUAACAGGAUGAGAGAAUGUGGCCUGCCAUAUUAUUGCAACAUCUCUUUCUUCUCCCGUAAUAUAAAUAUAAAAUCCUAUCCCAUUACUAUUAUAACUGUAUAUGUGAGAGACAUCAUUCAAGACUGGUGUACACAUGAUUAAGCCGUCUUAUCAGCUUCCCUCUCCCCCCUAUAACAAAAAAUAAAAAAAUUCGAUCAUGUAUUUUGAUGGGGUCACAUAUUUGUAAAUGCUAAAUGCCUUGAAAUGUGAAUAAAAGUUUAGCAUGAUGGGGGCAUAUAGUACGGUUCCCGCCAAAAGACUCGAACCAGCCUAUGUCUCGUGAUGUGGGAUUGAGACGCCAACAUACUCGUCUACAGUGAACCGUGCAGAAAUGAAUUCAAGUCAGAGUCAAUGCUAUGAAGAGCAUCAGCAGCAAGGAUGUCCAGAAAAUUACUAUAUUAACCAGAAUCUAACUUGUUGCGAAUGCCCACAAGACCUGAUUUCACUCAAUAUUAGCGACAUGUACUGUUAUGAAAAGGAAAAAGCUAAAUUCAUAAGUCGAAAACUCCAAGCUGGACCCAGAGAAUAUGAAGGUUCAGUGCAAAGUGAAUAUCAAGAUGGACUCACCUUUUUAACCAUUCCCGUCGCUGCCAUUUCAUCUUGUACGGAUUCUUCAACUAUUUCUUGCCUCAUGGAAGACAUGCCAUGA